ACUUCCGAGGAGAAACGUUCUUCUCUGUGUUUGCCAUCUUUUUCCCCGCCGCCACUGGUAUUCUGGCUGGAGCCAACAUUUCAGGAGACCUUGCUGACCCACAGAUGGCCAUCCCCAAAGGGACCCUUCUAGCCAUAUUAAUCACAGGGAUAGUCUACCUGGGUGUUGCUAUUUCAACAGGCUCCUGUAUUUUGAGAGAUGCCAGUGGAAAUGUGAAUGACACAAUCAGUUCUCACUCCAUGGCAAACUGCUCCACUGCUGCCUGCAAAUUUGGCUAUGACUUCUCUACCUGCAAGAAUGAGGAUAACUGCCGCUAUGGACUGCAUAGGGACUUCCAGGUUAUGAGCCUUGUUUCUGGUUUUGGGCCCAUCAUCACUGCUGGCAUCUUCUCUGCCACUCUAUCCUCAGCACUGGCCUCUUUAGUUAGUGCGCCUAAAGUUUUUCAGGCUUUGUGUAAGGACAACAUCUAUCCUGGCCUGCAAAUGUUUGCCAAAGGCUACGGCAAGAACAAUGAACCCCUACGAGGAUACAUCCUGACCUUCGGUAUCGGUCUGGCCUUUAUCCUCAUUGGUAUGGCUUCACUCAUUGCUUGCUUGCUGAUUGCUUUUCAUACUUGA